UCGCCGUAACGAAAUCAUUAACCUGUGUCCGCCAGACCCUCCCAACGAUAACGUAAUCACUCCGCCUGUUGGGUCCACUGUGAACGUUAUUUAGCGGGGAACUGUGGCCAACGGGAGCUCAGUUGAAGCUCGAUGCACCUCGAGACGAGCCUCGUCUCAUUGUACGUUUAAUUCUUCGAAUAGAUUUCGGAAAAUUUGUAGUUCGACGUUACCUGUUUCACAUCGCGUCGCGUCGGUGAUAUAUGUUUACCGUGUACCGUGUUUACUUCGCAGAGGGAAGUUGAUACGUGAUAAAAAGAAAUAUGCCGGGAAGUAACACACCGAAGAUAUGGUGCCCGAAAGAGAACUAUCGGUCGUGCGAAACCGAUGGUAUCUCGAUGUCGACUACUUCCGGUUCAUCGAACUGCAAAGGGUGGAAGGAUAUCGGGACGGUAAUAUAUCGGGGCACGAGGGUGAAGCAACAAGGGGAGCUUCUUAUCCUGGUACCAUCGACAAUGGUUAUCCUCGACUCCGAACAUUCCAGAACGGGUCCGGAUUCGGACACUGAUUUCACUGUCAAGAAACUAUUUUAUUCAAAGAUGACUUCUGAUAACUGCGGACAGACACUCCGGAAUUGUCGGGAAAUUUUCCGUCCCGGCCUAUCUCGAUUCCCGUGGUCGUCCUGCUGUUGUGUGGCAGUUUUCCGAGUGACGGCCGGUCUUCGUCCUUGGCCACUAUGGCGCUGAUGCAAGGCUCGCCCGAAUUUAACGUUAGCGACGCUCUGUAGGGGUUGCAAAAUGAAAUAAAAAUUAGAGUUUCCUCGCACUUCAA